UUAAUUAAUCAUAUUUAUUCAAGAACUUAUUUUUCAAAAAACAGAUUAAGUUUAAGAAUUUUAAUUCAUAUUUUGUAUAUAUACCCAUUAUUAAUGCUAUUAACAAAUAUGUCUAAAACUAAAACAAAAGAACGGAGGACAGUUAAGCUAUAUAUAACAAGAAAUAAAGUAAAUCCUUCAAAGGAAGAAAACCCCAAAAAACUUCACAAGGAAUCUGCAAAAAAAGUUUCUUCGAUUUUAAAAAAAAUUGAAUCUUCAAGAACAGAUGAGGAAAAAAAGUAUUUAGAAUCUUAUUCUGAUUUGACGAAAAAAUUGAGUAGACGCAAAGAACUUGUUAAAAUAUACAAAGAAAGAGUAAUUGAAAAGGAAGAUGAGUGUGAGCUUAUUGAGAAAAAAGUAGAACGUUUAGCUGAAAUUAUAUCAAAUGCAAAACAUUUAGUAUGUUACACGGGUGCCGGAAUUAGUACAUCAGCUAAAAUUCCUGAUUAUAGGGGUAGUCAAGGCAUAUGGACUCUGUUACAACAAGGCAAAGAAAUCGGAAAAUAUGAUUUGUCAUUGUCAGAUCCAACAUUUACUCAUAUGGCAUUGUACGAACUUCAUAGAAGGAAAAUGUUGAAACAUAUAGUUUCUCAAAAUUGUGAUGGACUUCAUCUACGUUCCGGUUUACCUAAAAUUUCUUUGAGUGAAGUUCAUGGUAAUAUGUAUAUUGAAGUUUGCAAGUAUUGCAAGCCGAAUGUGGAAUAUUGGAGAAUAUUUGAUACAACCGAAUUAACUGCGAGAUUUAAUCAUAAAACCAAUAGAAGGUGCCGCUUCUGUUUAAGACCACUAAUUGAUACGAUCGUUCACUUUGGAGAAAGAGGAAAUUUAAAAUGGCCACUAAAUUGGACGAACGCAUGCAAACACUCUGAAAAGGCUGAUGUAAUUUUAUGUCUUGGGUCUAGUUUAAAAGUAUUAAAAAAAUACCAUUGGCUUUGGCAAAUGGAUAAACCGAAAAAUAAAAGAGCGAAAAUUUGUAUUGUAAACUUGCAAUGGACAUCAAAAGAUAAGCUAGCAUCAAUUAAAAUUAAUGGAAAAUGUGAUCAAGUAAUGGAACUACUUAUGCAACAUUUGAAUAUUUCAGUCCCUCUAUAUUGUAGGGAAAACGACCCUAUAUUUUAUCACUCUAGUCCACUUGUAGAUGAAGAACUGCAUACUGUGUCCCAGCCAAUGCUGAAGCCAAUUCGAUUCUCAGAGAAUUCCGAGAGCUCUUGUGCCCCUAAAAAAAGGUCGAUUAAUUUAAAAAGACCAUUUAUGAAAUCACAGAAAAAUAAACAGCUCAAAACAAAUUUAAAUUCGAGGCAUUUAUUAAAAGAGUAUGAAAGCUCUUCUGAUUCAGAAAGUAAUUCGAACAGUAUUGAAAAUAUAGAUGUAAAAUUGGAAAAUGAUGUAGUAGAAUAUAAAAAAGCAAAUGGCAACGAAAUAAAUAUUAGUAUAAAACAUAAAAAUGAAACACUAGAUAUUAAAGAAAGUAAACCAAUUGUAAGUGAUAUAAGCAGACAAGUCAAAGACAGAAAAGAUAAUUUAGAUGUCCAGUAUUCAGCAGUAAAGUAUGACUCAAAUAUUUCAGAUGUUAAUAUUAAAAGAGAAACUGAUGAAAAAUUUCCUUGUGAUAUUUAUUUAGGAUGUAUGUUCCCAAAUGCAAUAGAUUUUGUUAAAGCCCCACUUUUAGUAAAUUAUAACUCAUAUACAAAGACUGAAGAGUAUAAUAAAAAUGAAAAUAUUUUACAUUCAGAAAAAAUUGUUGCCAAUGAAGAAAAUGAAACAUGUUUAUUCAAUUUAGUUGAAUUGUGUAAUAAGAUGAAAUUACCCAAUUAUUACGAGUCAAGUUACGUAUAUUCAGGAUUACAUAGUAUAAUAAAACCUCCGCCACCAGAAAUCAAUUUUUGGAGUUCAGCUAUAAUACCAAUAUUUAAAAUGAAUAAAAGUGCAGCAGAUUGUGACUUUUGUUUCAAUCAUUAUGCGGAAUUUAGUUGUCAAUUUUAUAAAAGUGUAACAGUUGAAUUUUGUUUAAACAAAUUUAGAAACGGAAAGAAAACCGUUUGUGAAUGCUGCGAUACAUAUGAUUCAAGUGAAGAAGAUAACAUCGUUUUAAAAGAAUUCAUCACAGAUAAACGUUUAAAACUUAAUAAAGCAAAACAAGCAGACGUUCAAGCCGGUUGGUAUGGAAAAGGCUAUAGAAAGAAUCGUAAACGAUGAAAUAUAAUUUAUAUUUGAGAUUUUUUUUUGUGUGUAAAAUUAAUGAUUUUGUCCUGAUUUUAAAAUAUAUAUUUUUUAUAUAAAAAAAUAAAAUACUAAAAUAUUGUUUUAC